AUGUCUGUGCGGUUGGUGGGCGGAGGGAGCCGGUGUGACGGGCGCGUGGAGGUCUUCCAGCACGGGACGUGGGGCAGAGUCCUGGAUGAGCAGUGGGACAUGCAGGAGGCCAGCGUGGUGUGCCGGCAGCUGCAGUGCGGAGAGGCAGAGGCAGCCUACACCCCCGUGCUGGUCCGGGAGGGCAGCCAGCCCCUGAGCAUCGGGGUUCUCCCCACUGCAGGGAGCCGGCGGGUCCGGCUGGUGGACAGGGCUGGGCGCUGUGCCGGGAGAGUGGAGAUCUACUACCAGGGGCGCUGGGGCACCGUCUGUGACGACGCCUGGGACCUGGCCGACGCCGCCGUCGUUUGCCACCAGCUGGGCUGCGGAGGGGCCCUGGAGGCAGCCGGCUCUGCUCGGUUUGGGGAGGGCUCCGGGCAGAUCUGGCUGGAUGGCGUCAGCUGCUCCGGGGCCGAAGCUGCUCUCUGGGACUGUCCUGCCGAGGCCUGGGGGCAGCACGACUGCGGGCACAAGGAGGACGCGGGAGUCAUCUGCUCAGAGUUCAUGGCCCUGAGGCUGGAGAACAGUGAUGGCUGCUCCGGGCGCCUGCAGGUUUUCUACAGCGGGACGUGGGGCAGCGUUUGCUCCAACUCCAUGACCACCGAGACGGUGUCACUGGUGUGCAAGGAGCUGGGCUGCGGGAAUGAAGGGGAACUGGAAACAGAUUCUAACUAUGCCAAGCUGUCUGGUACUGCAUGGCUGGAUCACGUGGAGUGUGGGAAGAGCAACAGCUCUUUCUGGCAGUGUCCCUCUGCUCCCUGGAAUCCGCAGUCUUGUGAUGACCUCCGAGAAGAGACCCACAUCACCUGCAAUGGUAAAUCUGAGCCAUCAAGGCACCAGGUCCUGUUCCCCGCAGGAUAUGGUGAAAUGCAGAGAAGGAACCCAGAGAAGCUUUGGCUUUCUGCAUUAGACCUUGUAGCUGCUGGAGGAACAAAGGUGACUUCAGCUUUUAAAACUACCCAUGCCCACAUCAGUACCUGGUCAGGCUGCCAUCAGUCACUGGGGGAGGCAGAGGCAUCUCCAGGCGGGUCUCAGAGAAGACCAGUCAGGAGGAGGGGGCUACAUGCUGGGCUGUGA